AUGGCUCCAGAGUAUGUUAGGGAAGGGUUAUUCUCUGUGAAAUCUGAUGUUUUCAGCUUUGGAGUACUUCUUCUAGAGAUUAUAAGUGGAAAAAGAAAUAGUGGCUUCUAUCUUUCAGAGCAUGCUCAAAGCCUCCUCAAAUUUGCAUGGAAACUUUGGUGUGAGGACAAAGGCUUGGAGUUGAUGGAUCCAUCGUUAGUAGAGUCAUGUGUGCCAUGUGAAGUAAUGAAAUGUAUUCACAUCGGAUUAUUAUGUGUUCAAGAGGAUGCAGCAGAUAGACCCACAAUGUCAUCUGUGGUUCUAAUGUUAGGAAGCAACUCUAUAACCCUUCCUAAGCCUACCCAACCUGCAUUUUCUGUGGGACGAGUUGCUGGAGUAUCAGAACCAUCCUCUAAAAUUGCUAAAUUCUGUUCAAUUAAUGAGGUAACAGUUUCUAGUGUCUCUCCCAGAUAA